GUUGUCUCCCCCUGCUGUUGAAGGUGAGGAAGCGCAGUAAGGCCUGCCGGGCUGGGCUCAGAGAGACUGAUGAGCUGGUGUCAAUCAAUGAUGUAUCCUGUGGAACACUGUCUCAUGCUGAGGCUAUGAAUCUGAUUGAUAGCGGCAGAGGAACCCUCCAUCUGCGAAUUAAAAGGGCCCCAGCUGCAUAUCAGUCAGUGGUGCUUCUGGGUCGGGCCCCCUUCCCCCGUAUUGAUAAGGAGUACCAGGCAGCCUUGAGAGCCCUGUCGCCUCCACUUACCUCUAAACGGUCCGGUGUCAACAGAGCAUCGCUCAUGUCCCCCACCGGUGGCCUCGAGUGGCUUACAUCCCCUCCAGACAGUGAAGCUUACUACGGUGAGACAGACAGUGACGCAGAUGUGGCGGCACAAGAGAAGCAGCGUAGACAGAGACGACGAAGCCCCAGUAGCUCUCCUGCCAAGAGCCCUGGCCAAGCCUCACCCCAGGAGGAGGAGACUUCGGAAAUGAGUGGCUAUGAGAGCGCCCAGGACGUCUGUAUGUACCCUCAAACACAGAGCUGGCCUGUAUCUGAUCUAGAGGGAAUGGGGACUCAGCAACAGCCUGAAAUGCCCGGGGUGGCCCGCAGAGAGGUAGUCUACCAAUCCCCACAGGAUGAAUGGUCACACCAGGCUGAAAAUUCCUCUGAGAAUUCUGACCAAA